GCUCUAAUUAGCUAGAUAGCUAACUCAUCAAUUAGUUCCCCCAACAGAAAACAUGUAUGCUUCUACUUCUUUUACUUCACCACUUCUACAUGAGCUUCUUGUGGAAUCUCACACAAGAAGGUUACUCAUUCAAAACCCAGUUGAUCAUCAAUCACUUAAAAUCAACCCCCCUGUUUUCACGAACAACAACAAUUCAACCGACUCAAAGUUCGGAGCUCGUGAAUUUGAUUCAGAUGUUGUGAUGAUAAUUGCAGUUCUAUUAUGUGCUUUUAUUUGUUUACUUGUAUUAAACUCCAUCAUAAGGUGUUUCUUAAGGAUUUCAAACAACAAUGAAUCUUCUUCUAGUUCGAACAGCAAUUCUUCGCCUCAAUCGGUCAAUAAAGGAAUCAAGAAGAAAGCUCUUAAGGCAUUUCCCACAGUGAGCUACUCAACUGACUUGAAACUACCAAGUUUGGACGCAGAAUGUAUGAUAUGUCUCUCAGAGUUCACAAAGGGUGAAAAGGUGCGCAUUUUGCCUAAAUGCAACCAUGGAUUUCAUGUUCGUUGCAUUGACAAAUGGCUAAAAGAACAUUCAUCAUGUCCAAAGUGCAGACAAUGUCUUCUUGAAACUUGUCGAAAGAUUGGUGGGUCGCAGGUGCAACCAAUUGUGUUGCCAGUGCCAGAAAUUAUUAUAGCAAUCCAAAUGUAAAAAUAUACUUUAGUUAAAGUUUUGAAUUCAUUUUUUUCAAUAAGAUUAGUGUAACUAUUUGAUGUUUUAAAUCGAUAGAAAGCAUAUAUCCUUGGUUGAACAA